CUUUCAUCUUUGCACAUUCGACGGCACUCAUGAGCGGUCAAGGUCAAGAUGCGAAGUUCUUCCAGCGUGGAAAGAUCCAGGAGUUCCGUGCCGAGCUGCAGGCGGCGGAGACGAAGGACAAGAAGUUCACGAAGAGAAAGACCGUCUUGAAGAAGAUUGUGGCCAAUAUCACAAUGGGCAAUGAUAUGUCUCCAUUGUUCACGGAUGUAGUUCAAUGUCUGGGUACACCAUUGUUAGAGAUUAAGAAGAUGGUCUAUCUGUUCUUGAUCUAUUAUGGCCGGGCCAAGGCCGAUCAAAUACAGCUCGUCAUUCCGAGCUUCCUUCAGGACUGUAAUGAUCGCAAUCCCCUCAUCAGGGCUCUAGCUAUCCGCACCAUGUCAUACAUUCCAAUACCUGUCGUGACGGAGGCUCUAACGGACACUCUUCGUCAUCACCUUAAAGACAAGGACCCUUACGUCCGGAAAACCGCUGCGAUCUGUGUUGCAAAGCUGUAUGCCGCUGAUCCUCGAAAAGCGGAAAAAGGCGGGUUUGUCGAGUUGCUCAGAGACUUGAUGGUGGACAGCAAUGCCACGGUUGUCUCUAAUGCAAUCGCUGCUCUCUCCGAAAUUGGAGACAGACAAGACGGAGUCGUUUUCAAACUGAAUCUGACUAUAGCAAGCAAACUGGUUUCUGCUCUGAGCGAAAGUUCAGAAUGGGGCCAGAUUUAUAUCCUAGACUCUCUGCUCCGCUUUGUUCCUCAGACACACGCAGAUGCGGAGCUUCUUGCUGAGCGGGUCAUCGUCCAACUUCAGCAUGCUAACUCGGCUGUCGUCCUUACGACUAUCAAGCUCCUCCUUUACCUGAUGAAUUAUAUGGAAAGCCGUCGCUUAAUAGAUCAUAUUUGUAAGAAGAUGGGGCCACCACUCGUGACAAUGUUGUCCUCGGGGCCAGAAGUGCAAUACGUCGCUUUGCGAAACAUUCUACUGAUUAUCCAGCGAAGACCUUCAGUUCUGAAGAACGACGUCAAGGUGUUCUUCUGCAAAUACAACGAUCCAAUAUAUGUCAAACUUGCAAAGUUGGAGAUCAUGUACCGGCUAGCACGAGAAGAAAAUGCUAACGAGGUCUUGGCCGAGCUGGAAGAGUAUGCAUCAGAAGUGGACGUUGACUUCGUGCGCAAAGCUGUCCGUUCCGUCGGUCGUCUGGCUAUCAAAGUCGAAGCAGCGGCAGACGCGUGCAUUCGUUCUCUCCUUAGCGUCAUCGACACCAAGGUGAACUACGUAGUCCAAGAGGCUGUGAUCGUCAUCAAGGAUAUUUUUAGACGCUAUCCGGGCAAAUACGAAGGCAUCAUUCCCACCUUGUGCGAGAAUUUGGACGUCCUCGACGAGCCUGAAGCCAAAGCUGCUAUGAUAUGGAUCAUUGGACAAUUUGCAAAUCGAAUCGAUAAUGCUGACGAGCUGAUGGACGAUCUGACAUACAACUUCCUCGAGGAGCCAGUCGAGGUUCAAUUAGCACUGAUCACAGCGGCAGUCAAACUCUUUAUUUACAAGUCAUCCUCAGAUACAGUGAAAGCGCUCGUACACAAAGUUUUGAAAUGGACGACUGAGGAGAUUGACAACCCUGACCUUCGAGAUCGUGGAUUCAUGUACUGGCGCCUGCUUGCCAUCAAUCCUGCGGUCGCGGGAGAAAUCGUCUUGGCCGAAAAGCCCGCGAUUACGACAGAUUCUGACCGGAUGGACCGCGGAGCUCUUGACCAGCUCUUGCUUCACACGGGCACUCUGGGCAGUAUAUAUCACAAGAACCCUGAGACCUUUAUCCGAGGCGCGGCGGGCAAGGCUUUGACUGACAGUCCUGCGCUCAAUGAACAUUCAAGACAGGUCCUCGUUACCGUGCAACGGGCACGCCUCCCGGCAGGUCCUAUAGUCGUACAGGGCCCGGGACCAAUAGAGCCCCAGAAGCAGUCAGCAUCAUCGUCUGUGCUCGUCGAUACUUCCAAGCCUCCUCCGCCAUUACCGACUGAGUCGAAUGAUCUACUCGAUGUGGAUGCCAGUAGCGAAGGAGACGGCGAGGGCGAGGAGGCAGGGCUGCGGAGCGGGGUCUCAGAACCUCCAACAGGUCCUGCAGAUCCGUAUGCCAGUCUGGAUAGCGCGUUUGGAGGCUACGUCGCAGACGGCCCAAAGCCGAUGUCGAGUAGGCAGGAGGACGAUCUGUUGUUCUGAUAAACACUCAUGAUGCUUUCGAAAUUAUUGUACUAAAUUCCUUUC